UGUCAUAGCCUUUAUCAAUGGACGCUUUCGACCUGCGUACAUUAGCGCUACAGUCUCUGCUAGUGUUCUAGAAGUUUAAUUAGCGCAGGGCCGAAUGCGGGCAGCAACGUCCGUGCUCUGCAGGCGCUACGCUUCUUCAAGUGCAAAGAGGACAUAUUACGACGUGCUGGAGGUUAGUCCGAGCGCAAAGCCGAACGAAAUCAAGGCGGCCUAUUACAGGCUCUCGAUGAGGUACCACCCCGACAAAAACAAGGGCAGUAGUGGCGAGCGCUUCCAGGAGAUCACCACUGCGUACGACACGCUCUCUAACGAAUCCCUGCGGGCGCACUACGACGAUAAGAUUAUGGGAGGCUCCUCUUCCCCGCUGCAGGGCCUUCACGCGAGGAAGCCGACGAGGCGCGCGCCAAUGGGCGGCCGCUCGCAGAUAUACAACUUCGACGAAUUCUACCGGCAGCACUACGGGGAUGCCGUGAAGUCGUACCAGUGGCGCAAGCAGAAGUACGAGGACGUGUUGCGAGAGGAGGAGAUGCAGAUCAGGCGAGGGAAAGGAGACGCGGGUGUGGCCGUGGCACUGUUUGCCGUUGUCGCCCUUGCCCUGUUCGGCGUACACGUGUGGGAGAAAAUGCACGACACGCCUUCUUCGCCACCUCAAGAGAGGAAAUAAACAUUUUAUUUCUUACACAUC